AAGAGCCAAUAACCUGGUGGCGGAGCUAGCAUCUUCGGGUGUGAUUGACGAAGCUGAAGAGAAGAACCUUCGGUCGAGCUAUACUCGAGCACCACGGAUAUAUGGACUACGUAAGACGCACAAACCAACUUGCAAGUUACGUCCGGUAGUGAGUUGCAUACAAUCUCCUAGCUAUAAGUUGUCGCGAGUUGUACAUGAAAUUUUGACACCGGUUGUGGAUACUUUUAGUUUUAAUUUAUUAAAUUCUUUUCAAUUCGUUGAUUUUAUUAGAGACGUUGAAUUACAUAUUGAUUAUAGAUUGAUAUCACUUGACGUAGUCUCGUUGUUUACAAAUAUCCGUAAGGAUUUAGUAUUGAAGGUCAUUAAUGAAUCUUGGGACAACAUCAAACAUUUAGUUAAAGUUCCUAAAUAUUUGCUUAUUAAACUUAUAGAGUUUUGUUUUGAAACCAGUUAUUUUACGUAUAAUGGGGUGUUGUACAGACAGGUUGAAGGUUGUAGUAUGGGCAAUCCAGCUAGCCCGGUGUUGGCCAAUAUUGUUAUGAAUUAUGUGUUACAACAGAUAAUUACGGUCCUCCCGUUUAACAUUGCGUUUAUUAAAUUGUACGUAGAUGAUACUAUCGCUGCAGUCCCUGAGACGGAAUUAAACAGAGUCUUGGAGUUGUUUAAUAGCUUUGAAGAGAAUAUCCAGUUCACCAUGGAAGUGGAACAGAAUGGUUGUAUUCCAUUCCUAGAUAUCAUGGUUGAAAGAUCCAACAACCAUUUGAAGACUAAUUGGUACACCAAACCAACUAGUUCAGGAAGAAUUUUGAAUUUCUGUUCCAACCACCCAAUGUCACAGAAAGUGGGAAUGAUUCAUGGUUUACUGGAUAGAAUGUUUAGACUUAGCAGCGAGGAGUAUCAUGAGGACAAUUAUCAAAAAAUUGAGAUGUUGUUAACUAAUAACAGUUAUCCAAGAUCGUUUGUUCGUGCAGCUAUCAUUAAGUUUAAAGAGAAUAAAGCAAAUGGUGGGGUUGGUGGAGUUCGUCCUACGAAUUUCAUCAAGUACUGCCGGUUUCCUUUUGUUCCGGGCUUGUCACAUAAAAUUAAUAGUUGUUUUACAGGUACUAAUGUAAAGCUGGCUUAUUAUAACGUGUAUAAAAUAAAAUCAUUAUACACUAAGUUAAAGGAUCCAGUGCAGCAGGAUCAAAGAGCAGGUGUAGUGUACAAGAUCCCGUGCUCUUGUGGACUUUGUUAUGUGGGUCAAACCAAACAGUAUUUAAAAAAUAGGAUUUACCAACAUAGGAAUAGUUGUAGGAAUGUUAAAAUCUUGGAUGAGAACAAAACAGCGCUGGCCGCACAUUACUUCGACUCGGGUCAUGGGUUUGAUUUUGACAAAGCGAAGAUCUUAGAUUUAGAGAAUAACUGGUUAAAAAGAUCGGUUAGUGAAAUGGUUUGGAUUAAACUUAAUGACACGGUAAACAAGCGUACUGACACCCAGAAUCUGAGUGCAAUGUACAACGAGAUUUUAUCGGUUUAUAACGAUUAUCUUGGUGACGCACGUUAGUUUUACUUUAUUUUGAAUGUUUAGACUAUUUUAAUGUAUUUAAUUUUUGUUUUGACUCAGAUAUUGUAGAAAUGUUUUAGAGUAUUGUUUUGAAUUCCCGCGGCGGUGAAUGUGGGAAACAAGGGCGCUUCAUUCGCUUACUGUUUCCUCAUUUAUGUAUAUUUUGAGGUUGACUGCGGUCGACAGUUUAUUUACAUGUACAAGUCGGUUCUGUUAGCUGCGUUCUUUUUAAUUAAUAAAUUUUUGAAUUUUGUUAAUUAUUUAUGAGGAGCUAAUGAAGUUGUAUAAGAAGAUUUAUAUUGUUUACGCUUAUAAAUUGAGACGCCUGAAGAAGGCCAAAUAAAAUGGUCGAAACGUUGCGGAAUCAA